AGCAGUACUAUCCAUAUAAACAGCACCGACUUAUUGCAGAUACAGUGUUACAUUAGGCACGUGCUAAUAAUAUAUAGUACUUGUUCGACUAUAUGGCCGCCGCCACAGCCACCGAACGACCGACGGCGGCGAGCAGCAAUAACAAUAACGACCUGCUGCGGCGACUGGUCCUGUCGCUGUCGCUGUCGACGGCGAGCAAGGUGAUCGCGAAGCAGCAUGCCCAGCACAAGCAGCACCAGCAGGCAGCUGCCGGCGCGUUCCGGUGCCGGACGUGCGGGCGCGCGUUCCCGACGUUCCAGGCGCUCGGCGGGCACCGGACGAGCCACAAGCGGUCGCUGGUGCGCGCGCGCGGCCUCGACCUCCUCCUCGGCGCGCGCCCCGGGAAGGGCGCGGCCGCGGCCAGAGACGUGCACCGGUGCACCACCUGCGGCGCCGCGUUCCCCACAGGGCAGGCGCUCGGCGGCCACAUGCGCCGGCACAGAGCGGCCGCGCACGACGACGAGGGCGAGGCGGCGGCGGCGGCGAGGGCCGUUAUUGUCAAUAAUGCCUUGUCGUCUGGAGAGCAGCAGGGCGAGAGGGAGGUCGACGAUGGCGCGCGGUCGUCCAUUAGGUUUUUCCAGUUCAUAUGACCGGUAGCUAGAUACUUUGUUGGAAGAAGUGGUCGCAUACAAUAAUAAUGCCAGAUUAAUUAAACGUCUCUUCAUGGCCUCGUGUGUUUAUACAUAACGAGAGGUCUAGUUUCGUUUAGUUUAGUUUAUUACCCAACUGCUACUGCAAUAAAAAUACAGAUUUGGAAAACAAUGUAUAAGGUUUAAAGUUUCUGACCUUUUUAUUACAUGUAUAGUAUA